AUGUAUCUAUUAUUAUCCAACAGAUUCAAUCCAGAUGUAAAUAGACGCCUCAAUAUUGACCUUGUACAUUCCUUUGAUCAUGAUGGUGUAGUGUGUAGUGUCAAGUUUAGUCCAGACGGAUAUUUUUUGGCGACCGGUGGCAACAAAUUGACAAAGAUUUAUGAUACUACCUAUGGUGCAUUAAUAGCGGUUCUUCAAGAUGAAAAUGCUGGUGAGAAUGAGUCGUACAUUCGUGCACUUAGCUUUAGUCCAGAUGGCAGAUAUAUUGCAACCGGUUCUGAAGAUCAGAAAAUUCGUAUCUGGGAUAUCGCAAAGAAGUGCAUUACACGAGAGUUGAUUGGACAUGAACAAGACAUCUACUCGCUUGACUUUAGCAAAGAUGGUCGUGUAUUGCUGUCUGGCUCAGGAGACAAGACUGCCCGUGUGUGGGAUUGGGUUGAAGGAACAUGCCUCCACAAGUUAGAGGUCUUGGACUUGGAAGAUAACAUAAAUAAUACCAGUGUGACAAGUGUCUCUGUCUCCCCAGAUGCUCUUCUAGUUGCCACCGGAAGUCUUGAUAGUAUGAUCAGAAUUUGGGACAUUCAAAAAGGAGAAUUGGUUGAGGAAUUCUCAGGACACGGCAACAGUGUUUACUCGGUUGGAUUCAUGCCAGACAACAACAGCGUAGUGAGCGGUAGUAUUGACAAGACCGCAUGUCUAUGGAAACUAGGAUCAAGCCGGGCAUCUGGAGAUGAGGAAGCUUGCAAGCAAAAGUUUGUUGGUCAUAAGGACUUUAUAUUAUCUGUGGCUACAACUCCCUGUGGAGAGUGGAUUAUAUCAGGCUCGAAGGACAGAAACGUUCAGUUCUGGGAUCCCCACACCGGAGAAAAUCAAUUCUUGCUGCAAGGACACAAGCAAUCGGUUCUAUCCGUUGCUGCCAGUCAAGGCAAGAGACGUUUAUUUGCCACUGCUUCUAUUGAUAGUAAAGCUCGUGUUUGGAGUUACGAUUUAUUGGUCUAA